AAUAAGGCAAGUUGCCAAUGGAGCAAGAUUUGUCCUUGAGCCAUUGACUAGUGCAUGAGGAGUCCAUUGCUUCGUGGGUAACAAGUUCAGAUCGAAGACGAAGAUGAUCAAAAGCUAAGAAGAAGCACGCAGGAACUGAUGCAAGCUCUCAGAGCAGUGAUCAUCUCAAUGAUCAUAUCUUCGUCGGAAGCAUCAAAUGGCCAAAGUAGGGAGCCUGCAGGCUCUUGUCCUCCUCGUCCCGUGUCUGCUCACUGCUUGCCUUGGGGAGAUAAUGUUCCAGCUCAUGCAGGGCCAGCAGCUGAGGGACUGGGAGCACUUGCUCUCCCCUAGGGGCACCUUCAAGCUCGGGUUCUUCAACCCGACCUCCUCGAGCUACCGCUACCUCGGGAUAUGGUACAGCAAGCUUCCCCACAACCCUGAGGCCAUCUGGGUUGCUAACCCGACCAACCCGAUCCUCAACUCCUCUGGGGUCCUAAACCUGGAUGCCGAUGGACGGCUUAAGAUCACUCAGAAUGGAGGCCAGACUUUCGUGGUGAGCUCCAACCCGCCGGGGCAGGGCAACGUGACUGUGAACCUGCUCGAGAACGGAAACCUUGUCCUCGCGGAGGUCGGUUCCGGUGGGUCCACGGGCCGGGUCCUGUGGCAGAGCUUUGACUACCCGUCGAACCAGUUACUCCCGGGUAUGAAGUUGGGCCUUGACCCGAAGACAGGCCGGAACUGGACCCUGACCUCGUGGCUCAGCGACAAGGACCCGGCCCCGGGAGCGUUCAGGCUCGGGGUGGACCCUGGCGGUACCAACCAGCUCGUCGUGUGGCAGCGGGACAAGAUAUAUUGGACUAGUGGGGCUUGGCAAGAUGGAAAGUUUCAGAUGGCAAGUGAACUGACUUUUAAAGGGGACUUGUAUGAGUUCACGUUUGUGUCAAACGAAGAUGAGAAGUACUUCUCUUUCACCACCAAGAACAACUUGACUAUUUCGCGGUGGGAGAUCAACCUAUGGGGCCAACUCGUGCAAUCGAUCUUGGCCUCAGACGGGACUACUUGGCGGUAUUCGACCACGAGCUCCUGUGGUUCAAACGGGAACUACUCUAAUGCUAUCUGCAUCGAUCAGAAGCCGUCCCAGUGCAGGAACAAUUCGGAGCUCUUCGUCCCACAGAGAGGAUAUUAUAAUAGAGGCGACUUGCUUUAUUCGGAUCAUAACUCGAGGUUGACUCUCAGUGAUUGUCACUCCAUAUGCUGGAGCAAUUGCUCCUGCGUGGCCUUCGGGACUCUCUUCACUGAUGGGACGGGUUGCCAGUUUUGGAGUGAGGGUGGGAAUUUCGUGGCAAAUGACAACUUUGAUGUUCUCUAUGUGCUCACACUUACAAACAGUCAAGAUCGAGCAACAGAUGGAAGUUCGCAUACGGGAACCAAGAAACGGUGGUGGGUAUGGCUCAUUCUAGUCGCUGUCUCGGGUUCGGCUGUGAUUCUGUUGGGCUGCUUUUUGUACUCGAGGAGGAGAACCCGAAAACAUGUACAACAAACAGGACAGUCAGCAGACACUCCAAGCAAUUCAUUGCUGGAGUUCAAGCAGCAAUUCCUACCUUCCCAUCGGCUCACCAACACCUCAGAGACGAUCAAACGGGGCAACAAGAAGGGCGGUGAGUUUCAGCUGUACCAGUUUUCUCAGGUUGAGGCCGCGACAGAUUGCUUCUCCCCUGAUAACAAGCUCGGGGAAGGAGGUUUCGGUCCCGUUUACCAGGGAAUUUUGGACGGUCAACAAAUUGCGGUGAAGAGGCUGGCUAGGAAUUCGGGGCAAGGGCUCGAGGAGUUCAUGAACGAGAUUACGUUGAUUGCAGAGCUCCAGCACACGAAUCUGGUGAAGCUCUUAGGUUGCUGCGUACAAGGAGAGGAGAAGAUGCUAAUCUACGAGUAUAUGCCCAAUAAGAGCUUAGACUCGUUUCUCUUUGAUGAAGUGAAGAGGAAAGAACUCGACUGGGAAAGACGACGUGCGAUAAUUGAAGGAAUUGCACAAGGGCUUCUCUAUCUGCACAAGUACUCGAGACUGAAGGUGAUACACCGGGACCUGAAAGCAAGCAACAUUUUGCUGGACAAUGAUAUGAACCCGAAGAUAUCCGAUUUUGGGAUGGCAAGGAUCUUUGGGCAGAACGAGUCCAAGGCAAACACGAACAGAAUCAUGGGAACAUAUGGUUACAUGUCACCGGAAUAUGCAAUGAAGGGGAUUUUCUCGGUGAAGUCGGAUGUCUUUAGCUUUGGAGUGCUGAUGCUGGAGAUCAUUAGUGGGAGGAAGAACAAUGCCUUCACGGCUUCAUCCGCCCCGCUAGGCCUCAUUGAGCAGGCAUGGGAACUGUGGAACCAGGGAGAGAUCUUGGAGCUAGUUGACGCGACCCUCGGCUCAUCAUGUCCCAGGAACGAGCUGCUCAGAGCUAUUCAUGUCGGCCUCCUUUGUGUCCAGGAGUCUCCCGGUGACAGGCCUACAAUGUCUGAGGUUAUAUCCCUUCUCGUGAAUGAGAAUGCAGUCGUCCCCGAUCCCAAACAACCGGCUUAUUGCAUCAGUAAGAGUGCGAACGGAGAGUCUUCUAGUGGACCAGAUGCUCAGUCAGUGAACUAUGUUUCCAUAACAGUGAUGGAAGCUAGAUAGACAACAGAAUACGUUCACAAGGCUCUCCUUCCCUUCAAAUUGUUUACCUAACGAUUAGAUAUUAGAUUAUGAGAUGAAAUUCUGUAUAUCCUGAUUCCAAAUAUUAUCCUAUACUUUGGAUU